AUGGAGGAAGAUGUUUUGAAUGCUCUCCAGACGCGCAGCGCUUAUCUGUGCGGCGGCUAUGAUCGCGACAAGAAAAUCAUAUUCAUUGUGAAUAUCUUCAAUGAUUUACAAUUGUGGAAUCGCCGCUGUCUGGAACUAACACUAGACUAUCUGAAGCGUUCGCUGAGCGCUGCCAUUUUGCAAAACGGUGUCACAGUCAUUGUAAACGCCCAGGAGAGCAGCUCACGCAUUACACGCACCCAUGUGAGAACGCUGUACGCGCUCUUUGGCAGCGAUAUUGCCAUCGAUUUGUAUCUAGUCAGAGCGGAGGGUUUCUGGGAGAAGCAUGUGGAGCCGUGCGCCAAGUCGCAGACCCGAGGCGAGCCGCUGGUGCUCUCGAAGGCGCGCCUUUCCAAAUAUAUCGAGCCACAUAAUCUGCCCGAGGAACUGGGCGGCACGCUGCAAUUCAAUUAUGAUCUGUGGCUACAACAACGCAAGGCUAUCGAUGAAUUCAACAAGACGCACGCCCUAACUCAGACCGCCAUGGAACAGUUGCUGUCACUGCUGGCGAACAGUAAGUCGUUGCGGCCAGCGGAAGCGGAUGUGGAGCUUAAGAAGUGUGCACAACUGCAUGCGCUUGUGCAGCGCAGCAUUGAGACGGCCAUCGAAAUGGGUAAUACGAUCUUGGCGCGCUUCAACGAGGUCUACGCACAGCCGCCGUCGCCUCAAUUGAUCAGCCGGGCAGGGGGGGAAUUGCAACCACAGACAAUAACACCUGCAGUCACAAGUUCAAGCCCGAAUGCCACGGUCACAGCAUCUGUCGCAGCCGCCACGGCUACCGCAACCACAACAAUGUCGUCGAGCAAGCCCACGUUGCCGCCCGAUCUAUGCUGUGAGCGGUCGCGCAUCGAGCAGCGACUCAAUGAAAUCGAGAAGAAGCAGACAGAGAUACGUACGGCCUGGUUGGAGUUGCUGCGCUCGCUGCGUGAGGCACGUGAACUGUGCACGCUGGAGGAGGGCGUCGCCUUUGUCACUAACUGGAUACUAAACAACGCGGAGCAGCUGCUCAGUCGCCAGCAGAGCGGCGUGGGCGGUGAUGUGCGUGCCUGCGAGUCUUUGCGUGCCGCCCACGAUGCCCUUGAGUUGGAGUGCCGCGACACCUACGGCUGUUAUGCCGAGCUGCUCUACAAAAUUGAGCGCUUCACACGUGAGAGAGGCGGUGACGGCAGCUUGUCCUGCAGGGAUCUGCUCUCCCAACGCGAUUUCAUGCAGUUUGUGUGUCGUGCGUUCGCCAAACGCCUGGAGCGCCGACGCAAUGUGCUGAUAACAGCAUUGCGUUUCUAUCGCCUGGUGAGCGAAUAUUUUGAGCGCACCACAUCGGUGUUCGAAGGUCUGGUCAUGAUGGGCAGUGGAUCGAGUGCCACUGCACUGGACUGGCUGGACUACGAGGUGGCCGAGAGUGUGCUGCAACAGCUGAAGAGCAGCGAACAAAUGUUGGCGAACAUCGAACGCGAACUUGUGCGCGAGGGCGAAAAGCUCAGCGACAUGCUGGCCAUGCCGGUCAAAGAUGCUCUCGGCCGUGACCUACACGUCGACCAAAGCGGCGACAUUGCCAAUGUCCGGCGUCUGCUGGACGCGAGUCGUUCGCGCAGCCAAUUGUUUGGCGAUAGCCUGGCACUGCAGAAGCUCACCUUGGAGCAGGUGACACACAUUCAAGCGUACGAGCAGGACGCGCGGAGGGCGCUGCAGUGGCUGGACGAGCUGUAUGCGGUGCUGGUGCGCUGCCAUUCUCAUGUCGGCUGCAACAUACACGAGAUACAGGUGCAGAAGGAUGAGCUGCAGGGGUUCGAGGAAACCGGACGGAGCAUCUACAACUAUGGCUGCCAACUGCUGGAGGCGUCUCAAACGUUGCGUGCCUCUUGCAAAUUAGAUGCGGCGGUGGCACGUUGCACGCAGCAGCAACUGCAACGCACUUGGCACAGUUUGCAGGCCAUCAGUCAGGAGCAGAUGACCCGACUGCGCGUCUCGGCCGUCUUUCAUCGCAGUGUCGAGGCCUAUUAUAGACAGCUGCGGGCGUUGCGGCUGCACUUGGCCCGUCAGCUUACCGCAGCGCAACUGCAACAACAGCGGCAGCAACACAAUCGCAGCAGCAGCGGCAUCAGCAGCGAUGCUGAUGGCGAUGCUGCAGUUGCUGUUGCAACAACAACUGCGGCUGCUGCUGCUGCUGCGGCUAAUUCGGCCACUAUGGAUGCCACGGCCAGCCUGCAACGGCAUUUGGUGGCGCGUGAACAACUGCUGGUGGAAGUGGGUCGAAUGGUGCGUUUGGGGCGCCUGCUCAAGAAGCGCUUGAAGGAGCCUUUCGUGUUGGAUGCACAGACUGGCAAGAGAUUUCGCAAUUUGUUUGCCAAAUCAAAGGAUGAGGCGUCAUCGCCAUCCCCACCACCACCGGCCCUAACAGUGCCCACCAUUUCGGUGGAAGAGGUGACACUGAAUGGCACAAAAGUGUUACCCACCGGCCAAGUAACCGUGCAUGCCACCACCUAUGGUGCACCCUUGGCGCAGGAAGAGGAAGACUUGAGCAAUGGGCGCGCCAAUGCUGAGUUGAGCGCCUCAACAAAUGAGCUGUCACAGCUGUUGGAUGCCAUCAAUGUGUCUAGCAAGCUGCCAGAACAGAGCAGCGAAGAUUACGAUCCGAACGCAGACGAUAAUGACGACGAUGAUGACGAGACAGCUAGCACAUCAAGCAAUAGAACAAAAAUUGCCAAGGCAUCCAUAGAGCGCGAUCUGAUCACUGAGGAAGAGCUGAAAGAGUCCACACCCAGCUUGGACAAGAUCAAGGCGCUCAUUCAUCAAGAGAGCGACAACGAGGCAUAUCCACAGAGCGACUAUACCGAACCCUCACACUCCCGUACCGCUUCACUUGACUCGGCCGCCUCCUCCUUGCAACAGCAAUUAGAUGAGACUCUAACCCAACCCCAUGAUUCCAGUGUCGUCCUCGACGAAUUGCCACUGGACAGCAGCCCCAGUCCGCUCCACGACAGUGGUCGCAACAGCAGUGCGGGCAGCGAGACACCCGUGGAGGCCAAUGCCAAUAACACAGCCGCCUCCACCACCCUGACGGUGACGCCGACGGGCAGCAAUGAGUUGGCCUGCGCGGCCAUUUCACACAAACUGAACGCCAUUGCCGAGGUCGCCGAGUCCCUGGACGUGGUCAUACGCGAUGUCCAACAACAGCAGCAACAACAACAGCAGGAUGCCGACCCCAGCCACAAAAAGCUCGGCAGUGGCGGCAGUGAGGACUGGCACUCGCGCUCCACAGAGGAUGAAUCCUUUGCGACCGCUUCUGAGGGCAACUUCACACCCAAUUCACACUCGUCCUCUUUUCAAACGGCCUCGGGCCGCACGUCUUCCUACAUCGGUUCGGCAAAGAAUUCCUUCGACGAGGCCGAUGAUUCCACGCUCAGCAAUUUCGAAAUACCCGACCUGCCACAAUCGCCUGUCAACAUGUCUUUCGACAGCUCCGAGCUGAGCUUCUUCUCCGCCCAGCAUGGCUCGCCCAGCAAACGGGACGAGCACGACAAUGAUCAGGAUAGUGUGGUGGGUGUUGCCGAGCUGCAUAGUCAGAGCGUUACACCCACACCUGAACAGCAGCAACAACUCCAGCUGCCCUUGCCCCAGCCCAUCGAAUCCGACAGUGAAGUGGAGGGUUAUGGCCUGACCGCUGUGAGCACAGAAUUUGGGCCCAGUGCCUCGACAGCCGUCACGCCCGAGGUGAGUGCCGCCCCAUGCGCUGCUAAUAAUGCUCUGCCACCGCUUCCGCCACCGCCUCCGCUACCACCGCCAUCCAUUAACGGCAGCAACAGCAGCAAUGGAUCCGAACAGAAGCCGAAUGCGGCCUGGCGCCGUAGCAAAUAUUAUGAGAAUAUAACGAAACAAACGAUCAAGGGAUUUCUGUGAGAGGCACUGCCACGCCCCCCCCCUGCCCCGCCCAUUCCCUGCCUAAUGCCUAAUUAACUCGCGCCAUUUGCUUUGCAAUAUUUUUUUACUGCGACUAAUUUACGACUGCCAACAAUUUUUGCAAAUAGUAUAUAUAAUUUUUGUUUGAGCCAAAAAUGCGACAACAUCGGCGCAUUAUUUUCUGAACGGCAUACACUCAUGAGCUCUACGAGUAUAUACUAUUUGUUCUCUUGAUCUUUCAGACGCUAUUUUGGCUUAUGAGCUAAGUCGUUUAUCUAUCCAUUUUGUGUUAUUUUGUUUGAAAACAUUCAUUCAUGCAUGUUUUAGUUGUAUUUAUUUAAAUUAUUCUUACUAGUUAAUUAGUUAAAUGAUUUUAUGCCGCUGCUCGCUGUUCAAUUUAGAGAAUUCCCAACACUGCGACACUAUUCAACAAUUUAAUAAAGCAACAUUUAUUCAUUAUUUCAA